AUGGCCGAAGAACAGAAGCCCGUCGAAGUCCCCAAGGAGACUGUCCCUGCCACCACCGAGCAGCCCGCUGCCGAGACGAAGCCCGUCGAGACCACUGAGACUCCUGCCGACGCCGCUCCCGCUGCUGACGCGACCGUCGAGACUCCGGCUGCCGCCACCGAGACCCCCGCUGAGGCUGUCGCCGAGGCUGCUGCUCCCACUGAGGAGGCCAAGAAGGAGGCCGUCCCCGUCGAGGAGGGUACCCUUGAGCACAAGGGCGUCAACUUCCCCAAGAACUUCAUCUACUCCAAGGAGUUCUUCUGGUUCGGAAACGAUGCCGUCGAGUCCAAGAGCCUCUCCUCCUACCUGAAGAGCGAGAAGUCCGCCGAGACUGCUCACCACAACGCUGCCUGGGCUUCCCACACCGGCAAGGGCCUCCUUUUCUUCGGCGACAAGGCCGCUCCUCAGGGAGUCAUCAACUUGGCCGAUGCCUCUGAGCCCGCCGCUGAUGGCGCCAACAAGUUCCACUUCACUGCCAAGGGUCAGAAGCACACUUUCAAGGCCCCCAACGCCGAGGACCGUGACAACUGGAUUUCCCAGCUGAAGCUUAAGAUCGCCGAGGCUAAGGAGCUUGCCCCUACCGUCACCGAGACUGAGGCCUACAAGACCGCUCUUGAGAGCUUCAAGCCUGCCAAGAAGGAAGAGAAGAAGGAGGAUAAGCCCGCCGAAGCUCCCGCUGCCGAGGCCGCUGCUGUCGCCGAGACCCCUGCUGCUGAGACUCCUGCCGCCCCCGCACCUACCGAGGAGGCUGUCAAGGAGGAGGAGACGAAGAAGGAGGACCCCAAGCGCCGCUCUGCUAGCCGCAAGCGUGCCUCCAUCUUCGGCAGCCUCCUCGGCAAGAAGGAUGAGAAGAAGGAAGAGAAGGAGGAGGCUGCUGCCACUCCUGCUGAGGCCGCCAAGGAGGAGACUCCCGCCGCCGAGGUCCCCGUUGUUGAGGAGCCCGCUGCCGAGACCCCGGCCGCUCCCGUUGCCGAGGCUGCUGUCACUGAGACUGCUGCUGAGGACAAGCCCGCAGAGGCCGCCAAGGACGAGAAGAAGGAGAAGCCUAUCCCUACCAAGCGCAACAGCAUCUUUGGCGUCUUCGGCAAGAAGGAGAAGAAGGCUGCCGUCGCUGCCGAGCCGGAGGCCGCCCCCGCCCCCGCUAAGGAGGGCGAGGUUACCCCCGCUGCUGAGAAUGCUCCCGUUAUCCCUCCCGUUGAGGCUACCACCCCUCUGGCCGUUGAUGUUGCCAACCCCAGCACCGUUCCUACUGAGGUUAAGGAGACCGCUCCCGCUACCAAUGGCGAGACUCGCCCUGAGCUCAAGGAGAAGCGCAAGUCUUCCCUGCCGUUCGGCUUCGGGAAGCGCGACAAGUCUCCUGCCAAGUCCCCCGUUCAGUCUGAGGGCGAGGAGGCUGAGAAGCAGGAGAAGACCAGCGCCUUCUCCAAGCUCCGCGCUACCAUCAAGGCCCGUGGCAAGGCCGACAAGCCUGCCGACAAGGUAGAGAAGACUGAGGAGAAGACCGAGGAGACCCCUGCUACCGAUGGUGCUGAGCCCGCCGCCGAGACUCCCGCCGCCGAGACCUCCAAGGCCACCGAGGAGCCCGAGAACAAGCCUGAGAACGUCGCCUCCUCUACCCCUGCCCCUGUCACCGCCGCCGCAUAG